GUCAUCAUCAUCCCACGACGACGCGGAGGCCAGACCAUCAGGACGACGUCGACAAGAGCUGAAGCACUUUCUUGCUUUUCUACGUUUACGAUUGAAGUGAAACAAUGCCCUUCUGAUUCAAUAGAAUAAAGUGCGAAAUUAAUGUGAAAAAGCUUUCUUUCUGUGUGUGCUCACUGACUAAAACUGGUCCUGAUCCAAAACCUCGCUCUGCUCUGCUCAACAUGAUAGAGAAUCUGUCCAAGAAGCGAAUGGUGUUCGGGAUUAGUUGUUUGAUACUAUUGACUAUCGUGGUCCUCAUCAUCGAGUCCAAAUGGAUGAAAGCCGGAACGCGACGACAGGAGUUCAUCAUUGAGAACAAUUCCACUUGCUGGAAACGGGAAACGUACGAAGUCAUUAAGGAUUGCCAUCCCUGCACGGCGUUCGAAAUUGCCAGCAGAUCCCAGGGGGUGUGCGUGCUGACCCACAACAAGGAAGUGCUCAAGUGCAUGAGCGGAGAGAUAGUCACCCGAAGUUGUGAUCGAGUGGCUUGGCUGGACGAAAAGCACUAUUGGUCCUUCCAGAUAUCGCUAACCAUAGUGGGCUGCCUGUCGACGGCUGUAUCGUUCUUACGACAGAAAUCGCUCAACCGAAGGGCUAUGCUCAAAAUCCAGAACCAGCUUGGAACCUGCUGAGAAUAACUAACUAAACCAAUAGACAAGUUAAAAUAAGUUUCGUUUAGGAUGAUUUUCCUCUAUUUGGAGUAUUACUUGAAACGCUGUGACGAAGGGACAAUUGCCGUUGAAGUUCCUAUCGAAAGCUACGUAGUCCUAGGUCUGAGCAGAUACCUGCGUCACCCGGCAAUCGGCGAUAAUCUUCUGGUCAGUUUUGUUCAACGCAAAACAGAAGUUGAGGAGCAAUGCGACAGCGUCUGGUUGGAUUUGACGGGGUACGAUGUUAGUUUCUUUCCGGCAGAUAGAUGGCCGAAACCUGCCACCUUUUGUCAAUUGCCUUCCCUUAAACACAAUGUAUGGAUCGUUUCCGGUCUCUGUGGCAUCUGCAGACACAUAACGAAAUACCAUAGGUCUUCUGCGCCAAGUCCGAAGCCUAUUCUUGGAUUCAAAGGUAACACCCUUCUAGCACCGGCUGAAGUAUCCAUGUGGACCAAGUUCUGCGAAGUUGAUAUCGUAGAAUGCGUUCGGGAGGUGCUUCGGCUUCGCAAUACCUCGACUGUAACCCUUCCAGAGGACAUUGGCAAACUGGAGAGUCAUCUUGCUCAACCGUUGAAAGUCCACAACAUUUACAAACUGGUGAACGAUAUGCAGAACGUUAAAGUUUCGUCGAGCAAAGAAUACGAGUUAAGUGGCGAGGCCGUUCAAUUUGAUUUUCACGAAAAUCACAAGUUUGCCGAAGGCUUCACUAAAACCCUUGCCGAUGUGAUGCUUUUCAUAUGUAUCCAUUUGAUUAACAAACGACUCCCGAUAGAGAGGCUUCAGGAACACCUACCUAGAAUAACAAACUGGUACGAUCGAGUUGUGGCCGACGAUGAAUGUGAACUGAUGCAAGUCUGCGAAGAGCUGAUCUUGUUCGAUCAAGCUCUGCUGAAGCCCAUGGAAGCAGACCAGUUGAAAGUGGACGUUCCAACGAGCUUCAGCCUCUACAAGGCGGACACCAAGAAGCUGAACCUACUGGGCGACAAAGUACUCACCACUAAUCAACCGGAAGUGCUGGGCAUUCUCGAGAAAGUUAAACGCUUGGAAUUGUCCGUGGAGAGUAUGCCGAACGAUCGAGACGAAAAUCUGUUUGACUGGGAUGCAGUCCCGUUGGAUGCCAAACCCGAGGGUGGUAAGCUCCCGACGAAGCGCAUCGACCGCAAGACGCACCAGCUCGAAUGUCUGGCCAACGAGGUAAUCGCCCUGGCCAAACCCGGCCACAUCAUAGUCGACUUUUGUUCUGGAACCGGCCACCUCGGCAUACUGCUGGCGUUCCUGCUUCCCAAGUGCACCAUCUAUCUGCUGGAGAACAAGGAAGAAUCCCAACAACUCGCAAUGGAUCGCGUCAGGCGACUUGGGCUGAAGAAUGUCGUCUACUUCCGGUGCAACCUGGACUACUUUAAGGCACCUUUCGACAUUGGCGUUUCGUUGCAUGCGUGUGGCGUUGCCACGGACAUCGUACUGGAAAAGUGCUUCGCCCAUCGGGCCAAGUUUGUUUGCUGUCCCUGUUGCUACGGCAAAUUGUACGAGUUCGAUCGGAUUCGCUAUCCGCGAAGUCGCGUCUUCCAGGAGUCGGAGCUUUUGCUGAAGGAGUAUCUGUGUCUGGCACAUUGCGCCGAUCAGACACACGAUUUGGACAACAGCCGGACCAACGUCGAAAAAUCACACCAAGGAUUCUACUGCAUGGACAUAAUCGAUAAGGACCGCUUGCUACAGGCCGAAGAGUUGGGUUAUUCCGUGACCCAUAAACGCCUCAAACCGGAAAAUUGCACCCCCAAAAAUAGACUUCUGAUAGGGACACUGUGAAUUAACACUUCCAAAUUGAAAUUUUUCAUUUCGUUUUGUCACAUCUGACGAUAAAUAGAUUUUUAUUCUUACUGUACUACUAUACAA